AUGGCGACGAUCCAGAUCUCCAAGACGAAAGGCACCGAGACGCUGAACAAGACCGAGGUCACGCAGAAGCAAAGCAUCGAUGUCGUGCAAACCAUGCUUCACAGUGGUCUGAGCUGCAUAACGUACUUGCGCAACCUCCUGGCAGACAAGGCGUACGAUAUGCAAGAAUAUGACUCGACCGCAACCAUCCAGCCCUACGACGAGUACGCCUCUGGCCGAGCUGCGCUCACGCGAAGGCGCUCGACUCAGCGAAGCGCCAAGCUUCAGGUGCUGAGACGCGGGCGCAGCAAGCGAGUCGACCUGCUGCUAGACUGGCUGCGACAGGAACAUGGCGCUUUCCCAGCGCUCCAAGCAGGUAACCUGCGUUCCAUGGAGAUACACGUGCACACAGACCCGGAACAUCCCGAGCGCGUAGUGGAGACGUACACGUUCAAAAUCAGGUACGCUCCAAGGCCAAAAGGCGGCCAGCUGCUUGCUGGAGUUCAGCUGGAAGGACCCGGCGGCUCAUCCGCCAGUGUGGGAGCGACGAAUGAAGCACUGAAAGGGCUCCUUCGCCAGCUCAUCGCGCAUUGUGCCGAUCUGCCUGAUCUUCCAAGCAAAAGAUAUAUGUCAAUGGCACUUUUCUACGAGCGUGACACAGCCGUGGCAGACAAGCCAACAGGCUUCGUACCUAACGAUACCAUGGACCUCACCUUUGCCGCGACGGAUGGGUGGGAAAAGAAGGAGCGUUACUUUGAGAAUCUUGGCUCUGGCUUUCACCGUACUUCCAUGGGCAUAACUUACCUGCAACCACUCGGUUACGCCGUCGGCGCUGGACUGAAGCCCCCGAAAAUCCCAGACUGGAUCACUUACAGAACGGAGCCUGGGCUCGAUUCAUUGCAGUCGACGGCUCCCACGUCUGCGGUUGCAGAACAACGUCAACUGACAGCAACUCCCUCAACGGUCGUGGAGAGUGAAUACCUUGCAAGGACCUCGACUCCAGAAGACAGUCCUACUGCACUCAGCCGCCCCUCCACGUCGCCCGCACGCAAACAGUCGGCCGAUGUAGAAGCAGAGGACGAGUACACGGGGGGCUACACAGCUGUCGCCCUUCUCGUUCCCACUCAACCCCUCUUGUCCCAAUUCGGUGGCACUCAGAACACGCAAUCGAGCAAUGUUCCAGAGAUGAAGAGAAAUCUGCGGUCGAUGAUGCACGCCGAACACUUCACACAAGGCGAUACCCAAACACAGGCAAUUCCAUCAUCCCAACCAAGCGGUCAUAACGAUACUGCCGCUAUCCCUGCAUCAUCGCCGCGUUCAUCGCCAGCACAGGCAACACUUUCAGGACCUGUCAUCGAUGCGUCAGAGAGGUCGAAGUGCAUUUCACGACAGAAGACUCGGAGUUCAGCGAAAGCGGGAGAUGUCAACGAAGCAGACAAAGACCAUACCGUACUGUGCCAGUGCGAGCACCACGAAACCGAGGGAGACAUGGUCCAGUGUACGUACUGCAGUACGUGGCAACACCUGCACUGCUACGGCUAUAAGGGCCAAGAUGAUGAGCGUCUGCCCGAAGUCCACGUGUGCUACGAUUGCCUGCUCAGUGAUGAUGACACCAGCACUCGUUCUCGCCUUCAAGAACUCACCAUGAAGAGACGAGCUAUGUACCACGCGCUCAGCUCUGGGCUGAGCACUCCAAAUCAGUUGGCUGGUGCUCUUGGUACGUCCACGAUCAGAUUGACCGGCAGCGACUUUGCUAAUGAGCUUUUUGCAGGCAUUCCAAAUUCUGCCGCAAAGGAUCUGUUCGCUUUCCUCAAGAGCAACGGAUACUUCAUUGCGGCCAAGCAGCCAAAUACGAGAAGGCACACAGGAAGCCGAAGGCUGUCUUCUGUGGCCCUCAAGGAAGGCCCGAAGUAUCAGGAAAUGCUGGCCAGCCUAUUUGAUCCUCUCUUGCACAUCAGCCACUACUACGGCGUAGUUAAGGCAUCAAGCAUGCAGACAAACGAAGUGCAGCAGCGUCUGGUGGCUAAAGCAGGCGGCAUGCCACCACCUGUCACUCCUGCUUCUCAGUUGAGAAAGAGGAAGGCCGCUCAGACGCCAGCAUCAGGUCUUGACCUUCGCCAAUCAAUGACCCCGUACGACACGCCACCCCAUCUCCGCACGCAUUUGACCCGAUCCUCGAAGCGCGCACGCUUGAGCGGCGACGAAGAUGAGGUUGUAGCUGCGACACCUCCGAAGGCCCGACGAAGGACAACCAGCUCCCCUGCACGUGUGAAGAGUGUCCGUACAGCAGUGAUGCUUGACGCUGCUGGCUUGCCUUCCAGCCCAGGUCCUUCCAGUUACGAGAACGCGCUCAUGGCGUGA